UUUAAGGCUAAAAGAGUGAUAUUGUUUUUAGCUUGUUUUCUAUGAAUUCAUUGAAUAACUGUAGUACGAACAGCUGAAUAGUAAUAUUUGACACCCUAUUAAAACAUUAAAAUUACAUUAAUUUAAAAUUAGCUUUAAAGGCAAAAAAGGGAUAUUUUAGAAAUUAUAUAUUUUACCUGACACAUUUUGGAAAAGCCAUAACCUGGGAUAGUCACUUUGGAAUUUAAUGAAUUCAAAUCAAGAACAAAACUGUAUUGGACAUGGUUUAAAGGCCAUUCCACUGAAUUCGAGCCUAUUGCUUGUUUUAACUCUAAAAAUAGUCUUCAGUUUCUGUCUUUUUAACUCUUAAGUCUAAUAAUACACAAAUUGUACAACUCUAAAUCUGUAUUGUCCCAUCUUUAUUUCAUUUUUGUAAAAGGUGUGAAUGUUGUCUAUCUGUGUUGGCCCUGCAAUGAGGUCCAGGGUGCACCCUGCCUUCCGCCUGGAUAGGCUCCAGCACCCUCCGCGACCCCAAAAGGUACAAGCGGUAGAAAAAAUGUUUGGAUCGAAAGUUUCUAAGCUAUAGAUGACUCAUUUGUGUUACAGGACUGAACGAAUCAGUAGUGAGUUUUUUAGCAUAUAAUUUAUAGGUACUUGAAAUAUACCACAUGAUAUUCAUAAAAUAAAUACAUAUUGUAGUGAUUCAACAAAAAGAUUAAAAAAAUAAACAACUCUAAAACAAUGUAGGUAGCAGGAUUAUACUGAGAUGUUUAACCCCCAAUCAUAGUGGGGGUUAAAAAAAUGGGUGAUCUCGCUUUUGUUCUUUCCAUGUCCAUGUUCAACACAGUAGCUUAGUUACAAUGAUGGAAAGUGUAAGGAUGGAAAGGACAUUGCAGGUAUAAAUAGACUAGGUAUAGCAAUGUAAAAUAUAACAUAUCUGCGAAUAUAUACAAUAUAUACUUAUCAUGUGUACAGUAUACAAUAUAUACAGAUAUAAUAUGUCUAUAACAUAUAUACAAUAUAUACCAAAUGCUAUGUACACUAUCACAGUAUAUUUGGCAGCCCCAGCAUAAAAAAAGAGAGUAAGUCCAGCAGAAAAUGGAAUAUAGACAUUAACAACAAAAAAAAGUAGCUGACAUAGAAGGUGUCAGGUAAUAGGCGGAUAUUAUCUGUUGCUGUAUGGGGAGUUAUUAUACAGCUAGAUGGAGUGUGGAAUGAAGGAGUUCUUGAAUCGCACAGUGCGGGAAGUAAGCUGAAGGAGCAUGUUGGAGUAUGAACUCCGCUGUCCCUCAAUUGUCUGGUGGUGUGGGUGGGAAGGAUUGUCCAUGAUGGCCAGCAGUUUGUCCAGUGUCCUCUUGUCCCUCACUGAUACAAACGCCUCCAACUGCGAGCCAAUAGUUUGGCCGGCUUUCCGGAUCAGUUUAUCAAUCCGGUUUGAGUCCCUUUUGCAAAAUACUCCACAUUUUCAGAGUUGGUAAUGUGUUAGGUUAACAGGACUGGGAGAAAACCGUAAGGCACCACUAAAGUGUACAUUUUUACUGAGCUGUUGUUUUUUUUUCAUUUUAAGAAAAUAAAGUUAGAGUAAAGUUGGGACAAGAGGUAACACAGUUGGCACGGUAUAUAAAAAUAGUUCUGUCAAACACAUGUUUUUAAUCAGAUUAAUCACAGUAAAUAAUUGCAUACUUUAAAGUUAACUUAGACCACAAUAUUUUGACACAAAUAUAUUACUGUCAGAAUGUCAGAAAAUUUUGAAAAUGUAGUACUUGAUUGUACGUCAUUUAUUUGCUCAAAAGUUGGUAAUCGUCUAAUCCUAAAUCCCGUUGGGUUGUAUUUUGAAGUGAGUACACCACACGGAGUCUCCUCACUCAUCUUUGCACUGACGUAUGCCUUGACCUGAUAACUGACUCUAUAACACGCACCACCUUUCAGGUACCCAUCCAAAGGAGCAUGUGUGCCCAAAAAAUAAAGUGUGUGACUCUGCUGAUCUCACAUGUGAUUGAUGCAAUCAUUUUUGAGGAUGAAUCCCAUGUGUUAACAUGUUAUCUUUGACAGCCUUAGCAAACAUUUCAGAAGGAUUUGAAUGAUUAUAUUUCAUGGUAAAAUUAAAAUUUUAGUAAGCAUUGGCAGGCCACAAACGCUGUUUCCAGUGUUCAUUGUAGUUUAAAUCAAUCUUUUAAAUUUGUAUUUAUAUUAAAUGUGGAAUCUAAUUAAUUUGCAAAACAGUUUGCUUUGUAGAAACAAUAUUUCCCAUUUAUUUUUAUCAUGCAUUAAUACAUUUGAUUUUCAUGGGGGCACAAAUGGCACUGUGACACAAAAAGUGUUGGUGUCACAAUGACUUAUUCUGCAUUAAACUCAUAGGACAUGAUGCUUCAUGGUUUAAGUGUGCUAUAAAGUUUUAAGAGUGCAAAGAUCAUUCCAAAGAAUGAUGGUGCAAUCAUACUUCAAAACGAUGAUUUUAUAUGCAUGUGCUUUUGAACACUGACCCCAUAAAACAUAACAAUGCUUCAUUUAAUUUUUUAUGCCAUUUUCCUUCCCACUUGCACUUGAAGCAGUGGGCUGGUCUGUUAAGUCAUCGUCACGUUAUUGGAUAACUUAAGGAACAGAAAAUGAGUCAGUCCAGUAAUAUCUACAAAUUACAAGCUACCAAAGAGAACACUUCCAUUUGUCCCUCAAAGUUAACAGGCACAGAUGAUUUUCCCCCGCCAUCACGUUUCCAAAAUGUCUUUAUUCAAGGAAUCGACUGCAGGACUUCAAUGCCUCGCAGAGGCUACCAUCUGCUCGGGCGCCAACUGCCUUGUUCCGACUAGUGACUUCAAUGCAACAUUGAGUCUCGUGUUGAGUACGGUGCUCACCAUCAUGCUAGCUAUGGUGAUGUUUUCAAUGGGCUGCACGGUCGAUGCUGAGAAACUUUGGGGGCACAUCAGGAGACCGUGGGGCAUCUUUAUUGGUUUCCUCUGCCAGUUUGGCAUCAUGCCUUUCACCGCCUUUGCUUUAUCCAUCGCCUUCGGUGUGCUGCCUGUUCAGGCCAUUGUCAUCGUGAUCAUGGGUUGCUGUCCAGGAGGUUCCGGCUCUAAUAUCAUCUGCUACUGGCUAGAUGGAGACAUGGACCUAAGUAUCAGUAUGACAGCAUGUUCUUCUAUCCUGGCCUUGGGCAUGAUGCCACUCUGUCUGCUCAUCUACACCUCCAUCUGGACUUCUUCAGACACAAUCCAAAUCCCCUAUGACAGCAUUGGUAUUACUUUAGUGGCCCUCCUUGUCCCAAUUACCGUGGGAAUAUAUGUGAAACGUAGAUGGCCCCACGUGGCUAAGAAGAUCCUCAAGGUUGGGUCCAUUGCAGGCUUUGUUCUUAUUCUCAUCAUUGCUGUGGUUGGAGGAAUUCUUUACCAAUCUUCCUGGACAAUUUCCCCUUCCCUGUGGAUAAUCGGAACAAUCUACCCUUUUAUUGGCUUUGGGUUGGGUUUCCUUAUGGCCCGCUUUGUUGGACAACCAUGGUACAGGUGUCGUACAAUUGCACUGGAGACUGGUUUCCAGAACUCCCAGUUAUGCAGCACCAUUGUCCAGUUGUCCUUCAGCCCAGCUGAGUUGGAGGUGAUGUUUGCAUUCCCGCUUAUCUACAGCAUCUUCCAGCUGGUAGUGGCCGUCCUGUUUGUGGGAGGUUACCAAAUCUAUAGAAAGAAAUGUGAUGGAGGAAAAGCUGAGACGGACGGCGAGUCUCCGUCGUUGGAAGAAGGCUGCGCUGAACAAGCAAAAGAGAAGCGCUAUUACGUGGAAAACAGGGCGUUUGAAUCGAAUGAAAGUAGCAUCAUUAAAGGCAAAGCUGAUCACCCGGAAAAGAACACCCAGUUGUGAGACGACGACCAGGGUGACCUGCACUCCACGCUGCUGACAGCUGCCGACUUGAAACACUCUGCAGGCUGGUGGUGUGUGCUAGAAAUUACAGUACGAAGGGGAUUCAUAUGGCCCCAUUUGUUGCGGGUUUGCCUGACACAUGAAAGCUGAUGAAUUGGGGGGUUGCACUAUUCACUUUAGCCGCCAAAUGGCAGUAGUGUUGUGAAUAUCUUAAAGUGUGUUUUGUGUUAAUUGCAACUAUGUCCAUAGCAUCAGUUGUUAUGCAGAGUGGCACUUUCCAUAAUUUUCAGCAGACUGCAUUGCAAAAUAUAUAACUUUUUCUCACACAAGAUCCACCCAGGAAUGGGGCCAUAUGAAUCCCUUCCCUACUAUAGCUCCGUUUGCAAACGAAAAAAUGGUGACCAAACUAGAUGUUAGAUUUUCUGUAUUUUUGUCGACUUAUUUUUAGGUUCUGAUGAAGUACAUAAGUGGUGUGGUACAAAUUACCUGCUGAGAAACCAGCAUGCUCUACAGUGAACAUUUGGGAUUCGCAGAACAAAUAACUAUCUUUUUCUUAGAAUUUGUUUACUCCGACAAAAGAAGUAGCCCUGAAAACAAAUGUCCACUAAAUAUGUGGAUUUAUCCAAACAGUAAAAAUACACAGUAGAGUUUUGCAUACAAUAGUACCUCAGGAUACAAGUUUGAUUAGUUCUGUGACACAGCUCUUACCUCAAACAACUUGUAUUGAGAAACAGCUUCGCCCAUUGAAAAUAAGUGGUGUGGCGGAAAAAAUCCAUUCACAUCUAAAUUGCUAAUUUAUUACGAUUCUGAAUUGAUUCAAUAAUUUUAAAGAAUAAUUUUUUUUAAAUACUUUUGAAGCCUGGCCCUGCGAUGAGGUGGCGACUUAUCCAGGGUGUACGCCGCCUUCCGCCCGAUUGUAGCUGAGAUAAGCACCAGGGCCCCCCGCGACCCCAAAGGGAAUAAGCGGCAGAAAAUGGAUGGAUGGAUGGACUUUUGAAGCUGUCUGUGCUUACUCAGUGCAUCUGUACGUCAUACGUGCGCAGCUAAGAGGAGCAUUUUUAGCUUGUUUUAAAAAUGUUUUUUUUAUUAUUUAUUUUAUACCAAAUAAUAUAUUGCGAAAAUCUGUUCGAAUCGAAAAUUCUGAUAAAUCAAGAAUUGACACCUAUUUGAAUCAUCAUCAAAUUGAGUCGUGAGCUGUAAGAUUCAUAUCCCUUGCUUUGACCUUGAAGUACAAACUUCUACUGCAUCUCCUUCCGACCGCUUCUUCGUCAAACACACCAUCAGCAGCUUGGAUACAUGAUUGUUGUUCAGAUGUUAUUUUAACAUCCUUGUCUGGGGUUAUGCACUCAUUAUGCGUUAAUAUGUGGCAGAUUAGCUGUGCUGCGCUCCAACUGCUUCACCAAGUUAGUCUGUUACACACUCUGUCAUGGUUUUAAUGAUUUCUUUCUUUGAUUCAAUGAAUAUCAUCCAUGUCUUCUUUUCAGCACUCUCUUCUUCCCAUCCUUGGAAAACAAAGUUAUGUCCAUCUUUUGCUGUAAGCUAAUGCGAGCGAGUAAGACCAGAUUUUUUUGAUCGGAUUUUAUGGGGUUUACUAUGACAUUCACUACGCUACCUGGUCGUGUGGAGGCUUGCAACCCCAAUUUUUUCUUGCAAACGAAAACAUCCUGAAAACUUGCAUCCCAAGGUACAACUGUAUAUUUUUUCUGCACCAAAAUUCUAUAUAUUGUUAGUCCUCUUAUUUUUUGACACUCAACUAUUCACUCUUCAAACCCUACCAACAUGUUCAAUUGUCUAGUUCAGGGGUCACCAACGCGGUGCCCGCGGGCACCAGGUAGCCCGUAAGGACCAGAUGAGUCGCCCGCUGGCCUGUUCUAAAAAUAGCUCAAAAAGCAGCACUUACCAGUGAGCUGCCUCUAUUUUUUAAAUUGGAUUUAUUUACUAGCAAGCUGGUCUCGCUUUGCUCGACAUUUUUAAUUCUAAGAGAGACAAAACUCAAAUAGAAUUUGAAAAUCCAAGAAAAUAUUUUAAAGACUUGGUCUUCACUUGUUUAAAUAAAAUAAUUUCUUUUUUUUUACUUUGCUUCUUAUAACUUUCAGAAAGACAAUUUUAAAGAAAAAAAACCUUAAAAAUGAUUUUAGGAUUUUUAAACACCUUUACCUUUUUACCUUUUAAAUUCCUUCCUUUUCUUUCCUGACAAUUUAAAUCAAUGUUCAAGUAUUUUUUUUUAAUUGUAAAGAAUAAUAAAUACGUUUUAAUUUAAUUUUUCAUUUUAGCUUCUGUUUUUUCGACGAACAAUAUUUGUGAAAUAUUUCUUCAAACAUAUCAUGAUUAAAAUUCAAAAAAAAUAUUCUGGAAAAUCUAGAAAAUCUGUAAAAUCAAAUUUAAAACUUAUUUCAAAGUCUUUUGAAUUCCUUUAAAAAUUUUGUUCUGGAAAAUCUAGAAGAAAUAAUGAUUUGUUUUUGUUAGAAAUAUAGCUUGGUCCAAUUUGUUAUAUAUUCUAAAAAAAAGUGCAGAUUGGAUUUUAACCUAUUUUAAACAUGUCAUCAAAAUUCUCAAAUUAAUCUUAAUCCGGAAAAAUGACUAAUGUUGUUCCAUAAAUAAUUUUUUUUCAUUUUUUUCAAAAAUAUUCAAAUUACCUAGUUUUUUUCUUCAUUUUUUUCAGUUGAAUUUUGAAUUUUAAAGAGUCGAAAUUGAAGAUAAACUAUUUUAAAAUUUAAUUUUCAUUUUUUCCGUGUUUUCUACUCUUUUAAACCGUUCAAUUAAGUGUUUUUUUCAUCAUUUAUUCUCUACAUAAAACCUUCCGUAAAAGGAAAAAAAAUGUACGACAGAAAUACCCAUUUUUAUAUAUAUAUAUAGAUUUAUUUAUUAAAGGUAAAUUGAGCAAAUUGCCUAUUUCUGGCAAUUUAUUUAAGUGUGUAUCAAACUGGUAGCCCUCCGCAUUAAUCAGUACCCACGGAGUAGCUCUUGGUUUCAAAAAGUUUGGGGACCCCUGGUCUAGUUCAUCUAGGACACGAUGGCUACUCAUUGACACAGUUCUUAACAUGUCCCACAUUUGCUGUAAUUUCCCAUUUUCCGUGAUAAAAUUCUUGAAUUUUAAAAGUUUAAUAUUUUUUUAAGAAUUCCAACAGGACAACAUUCAUGGUAUUUCGGCAAACAAUUUUCCACCUCCCAACAUUCCUAAAUGUCACAUUUUUUUAAACAAAAAUGUCUUUUGAUCUUAAGAAUUCUUACUACGUCCCCAUUUCUCACACCAUUCCAACAUCCAAAUUUAGCUCAUUCAAAGUAUCUCGGUUUGUCCACAUUUCAAACAUUUCUACUUUUACUGUUAUUCAACCUUUUCCAGACAGCGUUCACACUUGAUUUCUAGUAUACACCUACAAAUAAUAUUCAAAAGGCCUUAAAGAUAUCACAAAUUAUAUUAAGACAACAACUAUUGUCUUAUUUGGUACUGUUUAUGCUUCAUACGAGUUCAUAGUUUGCGGGAUGACCUGAGCUUAUGUUUUUAGACAAACUGUAGGAGCCAUUUAUGCUUUGUUUGGGUACAAUGUAUUUGCUUUGUUUUGGUGAGCCAUGGUUCUUUGUAAAGGUGCCAUUUAAGAAAAGAAGCAAAUGGACAUGAGGUGCUUGGGUGAUGGGAGAUCCUACAGUUUUUACUAGGGGUGUCCCUAUACGACUUUUUCACUUCGAUACAAUGCCAAUAUUGGAGCCUCGACUAUUGGCGAUACCGAUAUUGACCCGAUACAAUAUCAGCAAGAAUCAUACAUAUAUUUUUUUUUUUUUUGUAUGUGGAGUGUUAGAAAAUGUUUGAUCAAGUGAAAAAAUCAUCAAAGGGCAUCAUAAAAAACACUAAACUAUUUAUUAUUGAAUGUCCAAAAUGGACUUGGGCUGUCUCUCAGUUGAAGAGGAUUUUUUUUUUUUUGACAACAACUACGGAGUACAAUACUUAAGAUCAAAGUUAAAUGAUGCAGACACGUUUGUUACUGGAUACUUUUUCAAUAUGUUUCCACUUUGGAGACAAUGUAUCUUUAAGUAAUACGCAACUAUAAUUAUUUGAUACUUGUUUUCAACUGGAUUAUUGCUCAAUAAAAGACACUUAUGUCAAGCUUG